AUGUGUCGUCGUAGAAAUCGUGUUUUAUUGCGUUGUACUCCAAUCACGAUUCUUCUCACCAUAAUAACUUUUUCUUUUAUAGUAACAUCAUUAAUAACGCGACAUAGAUCCAAUUUUACACCGAACAUUGUUGAUCAAACGAUUAUUCUUGUUCGCACAUCAUAUCACUGUCAAUCACGCUUAAUUUAUCUAUUACAAAGUUGGAUUCCAUCAAGCUUAUCCGAACAAUCCAAUAUCUAUCUGUUAACAGAUAGUGUGCCAAAAUAUUCUGGUCAAACAAUACUAAAUUCAUUUAAAAAUGUAAUUGAAACAAACUGUCCUGAAACCCAUAAUCGAUUUGAUUUAUGUUGUAAAACAGCACAUGAGUUCGAACUAUUCUAUAAUCUAUCUCAAACAAAACCCACUCUUGAAUGGAUGUGUCGUUUUGAUGAUGAUCAAUAUGUUAAUCUAAAUAAUUUAUAUAAAUUUUUAUCGAAAAUUGAUUCAUCUGAACCACAUUAUAUUGGCAGAACAAGCAUAGAUUAUCGAUUGAGAACUGCGAAAGAAAAUCGAACAUAUACAUUUGCAACAUAUGGUGCUGGUGUAUGUUUUUCAGUUGCAUUACUUGAAAAACUUCGUCCACAUGUUAACAAAACUAUCUUACCACAUAAUUGUAUAAAACGUGGAAUAUCGGAUGAUGCUUAUAUAGGUUACUUAACGGAAUUUAUCCUUAAUAUAUCGUUGAUAUCGUUACGAGAGCUUUUUCAUUCACAUUUAGAAAAACUUGAUAAAUCAUAUCAUUCUUUUAGUAUCAUUAAUCUGAAAAAUUCAAUAACACUUGGUUUUUCCUGGGACCGAUACAAACUUUCAUGGUUACCAAUCAUUCAUCAAUUAGUACAAUUAAUGAAUAAACAAGAAACAUACGCUGCUAAUAUUUUAUGGAUAUUUUUGCAAAAUUAUGAAAAGGAACAUCCAGAAGAUUUAAACAAUAAGCACGAUGAAUCAUGUACUUCAUAUAUAAAGAAAUUGCAGCAAUCAAAUAACUUUAAUAUAAAAUCUAAUAAAACAAUUUGA